AUGGCGGAGGGCACUAAAGGCGACAGUGUACUGGACUCUGCUGUCAAUCAAUGGCUCCUGUAUGAUAAGAACCCAAAGACGGCAGCUAUGAUUCAGGAAAUGCGGAAUCAGAAAGAUGUUGAGGCACUUAAGAAAUGUUUUUCUUCCCGGAUGGAGUUUGGGACUGCAGGGCUGCGAUCUGCAAUGGGCCCUGGCAUCUCUUGUAUGAAUGACCUUACUAUCAUCCAGACCACACAGGGUUUCUGUAAGUAUCUUGAGGUGAUCUUUGAGAACCUCAAGGAGCGAGGUGUAGUAAUUGGUUACGAUGCGCGGGCCCAUCCUCCCACUGGUGGUAGUAGUAAACGUUUUGCUACUUUGGCUGCAACGGUCUUUAUGAGUCGGGGAGUUCCUGUUUACCUGUUUUCUGACAUUACACCAACACCAUUUGUACCAUUUACCGUCUCACAGCUGGGACUUUGUGCUGGUAUAAUGGUUACUGCCUCUCACAACCCUAAACAAGAUAAUGGAUACAAGGUUUACUGGGACAAUGGCGCCCAAAUUGUAUCUCCACAUGACAAGGGCAUCGCCAAGGCUAUUGAGGAAAACCUUGAGCCUUGGCCAGAAUCGUGGAACACAGACGACGCACAGAAGAACUCUUUACUCAAGGAUCCCUAUCAGAAUAUCUUCACAGAGUAUUUCAAAGCUAUUCAGAAACAUUGUCGCCACAGGGAGAUUAACAAGAAUUCAGAGGUGAAAAUCGUCCAUACUUCUGUGCAUGGUGUUGGCCACAUUUUUGUCCAAGAAGCAUUUAAAUCCUUUGAACUUCACCCUCCAUAUGCUGUAGAAGAACAAAAAAAUCCAGAUCCAGAAUUUCCAACUGUGAAAUAUCCCAAUCCAGAAGAGGGAGAGGGUGUCCUGACCUUGUCAUUUGCACUGGCAGACAAGGAAGGGGCCACUGUGGUUUUAGCCAAUGAUCCUGAUGCUGACCGGCUGGCGUUGGCAGAGAAGCAACCGAGUGGGUCGUGGCGUGUGUUCACGGGGAAUGAAUUGGGUGCCUUGCUCGGUUGGUGGAUGUUCUAUUGUUGGAAACAGCAGAGUACCGAUGGUGCAGUGAAAAACCUCUACAUGCUGGCAAGCACGGUUUCUUCUAAAAUAUUGCGGGCGAUUGCAGUGAAGGAGGGAUUCCAUUUUGAGGAAACACUGACUGGAUUCAAGUGGAUGGGCAACAGAGCCAGGGUUCUUUUAGACCAGGGAAAGACUGUUUUGUUUGCAUUUGAGGAGGCCAUAGGUUACAUGUGUAGUACUUCUGUGUUGGACAAAGAUGGUGUGAGUGCCGCAGCAAUAGCUGGAGAAAUGGUUUCCUAUCUGGCAACCAAAAAUAUAACUGCUUCUCAACAACUUACAACAAUAUUUAAUGACUAUGGCUACCACAUAAGCAAGAACUCCUACUUUAUCUGCCACGACCAAGUAGUCAUUCGCAGUAUGUUUGAACGCCUGAGAAACUAUGAUGGGCAAAAAGACUCUUACCCGACUGAGUGUGGUCGUUUCUCAAUCACCGCUGUGCGAGACCUGACAACGGGCUACGACAGCAACCAGCCAGAUAACAAGGCGAUUCUGCCCACCUCCCGUUCAAGUCAGAUGAUAACUUUCACAUUUUCCAAUGGUGGAGUUGCCACCAUGAGGACCAGUGGCACUGAGCCUAAAAUAAAAUAUUACACUGAACUGUGCACUGCUCCUGGAAACAGUGAUGUGACAAGUCAGAAGAAGGAGUUGGAUGAGUUGGUUGAUGCCAUCAUUGAGCAUUUUUUCCAGCCACAGAAGAAUAAACUGCAACCAAAGCCACACUUGCAUCGUGCACAAAGGUGGAUCACAGUCUAUGGGUGGAUCACAUGCACACAGGACACAAUGGAUGGACUUUUCUUUGAGGUGAAGCCGAGAGCCCGUAAACCACCAGUUGAGGCCUGUCUCCACUCCAAUCACCGUUCAUGUCCCUCACUCUUAACCCUCAGCUCUUCUCCAGUGUGCUCCGAGAGCUUUGGUCCACAGAGAACUUCCUCAUGGGGGGAUGUGGCGGAGGAAGAGAUACAAUACAGAUUGCAGCUGAUAGACUCUGUGCCUGUUCACCCCCUGACCUCCAUGCCCAUGCUGCCCUGGGUUGUGGCCGACAUCAUGAGGUCCAAGAGGGGUCGAUCCUCGGGGAAAAAGACCUCCUCAUCUGGAAGUGAUGUCCUGUUGUGUGUGUCUGCGUCAUUGGUGAGGUGUGUGUCGGUGUCGAUGGAGGGGAUAGAAUGGCACCCACUAAGGCACACAGUCCUGUUUGAAUGUCGGCCUCACCAGGUGACCAAACUGCUUCACAACAGCCAGGAACCCAGCAGCUUUGGAUUUCUAAUCAAAACCUCUUCGACGUGUGCCUGCUAUGUCUUCCAGUGUCAUGACACUGCCCAGGAUCCCAACAUUGUUUUUGUAAAGUUUAUGGCGAAUGGGAUGAAAGCGCGACUCCAGUUAUUAAGCUUGUUUAACCCCAAACAAGAGCCCAAAAAUGUCCCUGAGAUCAUCAGUACGUUGAGGCAUGUUGGGAAGAGCUCUGCUCGUAACGAUGACCUUUCCACUUCCUCGUUAUCUGGAGGACACAAUCUUGAUGAAAAAUCCCUCAACAAUUCUUCGGCCUCAAGUGGAUCCAGCCUCUCUGGACUCAUCUCCCCUACGACUUUUGCAAAAAAGUUUGAGGUUCUGUUCUGUGGCCGUGUGAGUGUAGCUCAUAAGAAGGCCCCCCCGGCACUGAUCGAUGAGUGUAUUGAAAAGUUCAGCCUGCUGCAUGGCUCUGGGCAGAAGGAGGUGGAUGGACUGGAGAGGGCCCUGUCGAUCCAAUACAAUGGACCAGGAGCCACUACAAAUUGUCCACAACCUUCAAAAAGCACAAAGAAGCCUGUGCUGUUCACACGGGACCCGAGCUUCCCCUCGUUACAAGCCCUGGAUGAAAAUGGACUUUCUCCAGAGAUAUCGAAUAACAGCACUGCAGAUGCCCAGGACAAAUGUGCCGGAAUACAGCCCACGAGUCUAUUGGAAAACCGGACCAUGCUCUUUACGGUUGGGAGGUCUCAGAUUUAUUUGGUCAGUCCAGACACCAAGAAAGUUGCGAUGGAGAAAAGCUUCAGAGAAAUAUCCUUCUGCUCACAGGGUAUUCGCCACGUCGAUCACUUUGGUUUCAUUUGUAGAGAAACAGUCGACGGAGGAAACUUCCACUUUAUUUGUUACGUUUUCCAGUGUGCUGAUGAAGUACUGGUAGAUGAAAUCAUGCUGACUUUGAAGCAGGCCUUCUCUGUAGCAGCCAUGCAGCAGAAUGCAAAGACCCAAAGCCAACAAUGUGACAGCUGUCCUAUGCAACAGCUCCAUAAACUUUGCGAAAGAAUAGAAGGUUUGCAUCCGUCCAAAACCAAACUGGAGCUACAAAGGCAUUUAGCAACACUGAACAACAAUGACCAAGCUUCAGUCUUUGAAAGCACUAUGAGGGCACGUCCAAGGGGGGACCAAGAGGAAAACGAACUGAUAAUGGCAUCAUUGAGACAUCUUUAUGAGGACAGACAAAAACACCACCAUCACUCCUUAUCUUCAGACUCUAAAGUGGUGCAUGUGGAGGCCCCUGGGCCUGAGACACAACAGCAGAGCACAAGUCGACUCGAGCAGUUGAAAAGCAGAGCCAAAAGAUCCCUAACAGAAUCUCUGGAAGGCAUCUGGAAGGGGAGCAGCAAGUCUCGCUCUCAGAAAGAGAACAGUGAAGGAAGAACCAGCAGCUCUGACCUUUCUACGAUUGACAGUAGUCCAGAGCUCUUACCAGACCCUCAACUUCGGCCAAACAGCCCACUUAAAUGCCACAACUCCACUGGUGACCUGAAGCAGGUUGAAGGCUCUCUGACCUCCACAUUACCCCUUGACACUCCGUGCUCUCAGGGUUUCCGUCGUCGAGCCAGCACCUACAGCCACCCGCCCACUCCGACCUUAGCCGAUCAUGUGCCUGUUCUCACUAUAACCGGGGCUCCACACGAUUCUGCCUCCAAACCCAAGCUUGUGCGCCACUACUCUGUCAGCACUGAUAGUCCUCAUCAAAGCAAAUUUGCUUCAACAAACUCCACCCUUCCACCUGUUUCACCCUAUUCUUCAAACUCUACUUUGCUUCCAUAUCACCCCUCCUCUCCUCUAACAGGGGCUCGGCUUGGCAAAAAAGGUCCUCUGGGUGGCCUUCGCGCUCGUCUUCAGUCCUCUUCUUCUGUUCCUAAUUUUCUGAAAUUUCAAUUCUUGGCUCCGGUUCAAGAAAAUGAGAAUGUUGUUGAAUCAAAAACCAGUGAUGUCGCAGCCUUAUCCACACCAGUGCCAAUGCAAGACAUGGGAGAGAGUCCAAUGCGCGGACCGCGGCACUCAUGGAGACAGCAGAUCUUUCUGAGAGUUGCAACACCACAGAAAGGAACUGAAGCCAAUGGGCGAGGUGGGGACUUGUGCCUGGAUGGGGAUCUUGUGUGCUCAGGUCCAGCUGCUCUGGCUGCAGGAGAGCUGUGCAUGAGGCCGGUGCCUGAAGAGCAGAAUGUGAGGAGCAGAGAGCAGCUGAGGGAGCUGUGGAGGAAGGCCAUCCUGCAGCAAAUCCUGCUGCAGAGGAUGGACCGCGAGAACCAGAAACUCCAGGUCUCAGAAAAUAAUCUGCAAAACAAGCGAUUAAAGCUGGACUAUGAGGAGAUCACUCCGUGCCUGAAGGACGUCACUCUGGUUUGGGAGAAGAUGCUGGGGACUCAUGAAAGGUCUAAAGUCAAGUUUGACUCCGAUACUGUACAUGCUGCAGUUACACAUGGUGUCCCCAGGCAACACAGGGGGGAGAUUUGGAAGCUCCUCUCGGAACAGUUUCUUCUUCGGCAAACUGUCCGUUCACGACCUCCAGCCAACGACACUCCUUACAAAGAACUGCUUAAACGACUGACAUCUCAACAGCAUGCCAUCCUCAUCGACCUGGGUCGCACCUUUCCUACUCAUCCUUACUUCCAGGCUCAGCUGGGGGCAGGGCAGCUGUCUCUCUACAACCUGCUGAAGGCCUAUUCAUUGCUGGAUCCUGAGGUGGGCUACUGCCAGGGCCUGUCCUUCAUUGCUGGAGUGCUUCUGUUACACAUGGGGGAGGAGGAAGCCUUCAACAUGCUGAAGUUUCUAAUGUAUGACAUGGGCUUGCGCAAACAGUACAGGCCUGAUAUGACCAUUCUUCAGAUUCAGAUGUACCAGCUGUCACGGUUGCUCCACGAUUAUCACAGGGAUCUGUACACUCACCUGGAGCAGCAGGAGAUUGGGCCCAGCUUGUAUGCUACCCCCUGGUUUCUCACCGUCUUUGCGUCUCACUUCCCUCUUGGCUUUGUGGCUCGAGUCUUUGAUAUGCUAUUCCUCCAGGGCUCUGAGGUAAUCUUCAAGGUAGCUCUGAGUCUACUGGGGAGCCACAAGCCUCUUAUCCUCCAACACGACAGCCUGGAGUCCAUCGUGGACUUCAUCAAAACCACGUUGCCCAAUUUGGGGUUGGUGCAAAUGGAGAAAACGAUCAACCAGGUGUGUGAAAUGGAUUUAUCAAAGCAGCUCCAGGCUUACGAAGUGGAGUACCAUGUUCUCCAGGAUGAACUUCUUGACACGCCACCCACCUUCAACCAGCAGCAACGGUCCGCACAGCUUGAGCGGACCAAUCAGAGCCUCCGCCAACAGAACCUGGACCUUCUGGAAGAACUUCAGGUGUCGCAGGCUCGAGUGGGCAGCCUGGAGAGCAGAGUGGAGGCUCUGGUCCAGGCCGAUGGUCGGCUGAGGGAGCAGGUCUCAGGGCUGGAGCAGGAGAAGCAGCAGCUGCUGUGCACAGUCUCUCAGCUCCAAGACCUCCUCCACAGCCUGGGCAUCCACACCUCUGCAGAUGGACAGACUCUUUCCCCUGCAAAUGUAGACAGUCACAAUCCAGGAUGCUCUCCUGCACACCCUUUAGCUCUUCCUGAGGCAUCCUAG